CGCCCCCUGCCCGUAGAAGGUGAGCGAGUGUCUGGAGGAGAGGACUCGAGAACGCGACCGCCGGAAUCGAUCGGAUUAAACUCGAAUAGAGUAAAAUUAACACAAAGGAGAGAGGCAGAGUCGAAGAGAACGGGAUACGGACACACUGAACAAUAUAAAAUAACUUAAAUUUAUUUAUAAACGGACCAGAAAGGAUUUUACUGGAGAUACUAACGGGAGUUAAUUUGAGAAACCCUGAACUGACCAAGCUUGUUGGGUCCUGUAAACUGGCUUCGCCUGACCCUGCAUUCUCUGAGAGAAUUAGGGAAAUAUGGAGUGACAUGCUGCAGAUUAGUUAGCGGAUUAGCGGCUUUGAGGACAUCCACCUCUGUGUGAGCGCAGUAUUCCCCCGGAGCCUCGCUCCCCCCCCACCAGCCAUGGCCGACCCGGGGAUGAUGAGCUUGUUUGGGGACGAUGCCAACCUGUUCUCAGACGGGCUGGAGGGCCUGGGGGACUGCGGCUUCCCCCAGGGCCAGCCUAAUGCCAUGGGGCAGCAGAUGCCCCACGAGCACCAGGGCUACGGGUCGCUCUCCACCAACUCUCUCCACCACCCCUCGCAAGCCGCCGCCGGACAGCCUAAGAUGGGCCACCCCUACGACCCCUUCGGCGCCUACGAGCAGCCACAGGGCCGGAUGUUGGGCAAUGGCCCGCCCGUCAACGGCAUGGCGUCACCACACUCGCGCUAUCACAGCAACCCCCAGCAACCAGGGACGGGCCACCAUGUUUACCCUGGGACGCAGGGUGAUGGACGCGGGCAACCCUUCUCUGAAGGGGCUGUGUGGGGGCCGCCACAGACAGGCUCUGGACAGGGCAGGCCUCCGUUUCAACAACAGGUAGCCACCCAAGCCCCCUCCCACCAGCAUGUUCCAUCGGGGCCCCAGGCUCAUGCUCACCAAAUGGGUCAGUACAUGGGCCGGGCCGACUACGCCACCAUGCAGGGCCACCCCAGCCAAACCCAGACACCUCCCAGGAUCAACCACUUCCCCCAGGGCAUGGGCCAGGAGCCCAACCACUAUAUGGGUCAUGUGGGGCUCCAGCAGGCCCCAAACUUGACAGGGCCUCCCAUGCGCCACCCGGCCCAGCAGCAGCAGACCCAGCAGCCCGCCCAGCAGUUCCUCCACCGACCUGGCCAGGGCUCUGUUCACCCCCAGGACCCUAUGGCCUCCCACGCCCCUCGCUUCCCCCACAGCCCCUCUCGCCAGCAGCAGCAGGUCCUGCAGGCCGGGAGACCCCACCAAAGCAUGGGCUUCAACAUGCAUGGCCAGUCAGCCCCUCCCAGUGCCGUAACCAGCUCAGGGCAGUAUCCUCCUUACUCCCAAUACGGCGGUCUUAAUCAGGGAUUAGCUGGCAGCCCAGGGAUGAGUCCCGGCAUGAGCACCACCACCACCAGCAGCAGUAGCAACAACGGUAACGCCAGUGGACCCAUGGGACCAGGCCAGGUCCAGCGCUACCCUACCGCAGGGGGGCCCCCGCAACGCUAUCCAGGGCCCCCAGUACACCAGCAGCCUGUCCACCCCAACCAAAUCAGCGGGCAGCCUAUGCACCCGUCACAGCCCAUGCACCCGUCGCAGUCUCAAGCCGUGCCCCAACAGCAGCCCCACCUCCCCGCGCCGCCUCAGGGAUCCUAUGGCUCUCCCCCUUCCAUGUCCCCCAUGAGGGGUAUGGGGACCCCCGGGGGCACGCCCCCACCCCCACAGUGCCGGCCCCCUAGCGCAGGCUUGGCUCCAGAGGUGGGCGGCUACCCCGGUGUCCCGCUCCAGUCCCCCAACCCUAUGGCCCCCGCUCAGAGGAACCCUGCUCCGCAGCCACUUCCCCACACACACCACCCUUCGCACCCUCCACAGCACCCCCACAUGCCACCUGGCCAGCAGCUGUAUCCCGGAAUGCCCCCCAACCAGAGGACCACCCUGGGCCAGGUGAGACCCCCGGGUCCAGUGGUCCACGUUGAGCCUCCAGGACCCCAGGACCAGCGGCUUCUCCUUCCGCAGCAACAGGCACCCCGACCGGGGCAGCAGCUGCAGCCUCCUCCCAUGACCUUCCAGCAGCUGCAGCAGGUGCACCCCGCCCAGGCCGCCUUGCCCCCAUCGCAGGCCCAGACGCACCUGGCCGGCCCCCACCACCAGAGCUCCCCUCCCUGGGCGCCGCCCCCGCACCAAUCGCCUCCAACCCCCCAGAAAGUGCCUCACAUUCAGCAUUCCCCGCCUGAUCCGUCAUCCGAGACGACAGCUUCCGACAGGACGCCCGCCUCAGGGGCGAACCUCCAACCAGCCGACCGUGACCAGCAGCCCACGGACACAGAGCAGAAGCCAAAAAAGAAGAAGAAAGCCAAGGGGACUGAGGAGGGGGCAGGUGAGGAGGGAGAGAAGAAGCAGAAAAAGAAAAAGAAGAAGAAGAAAGGAGCAAGUACAGAGGGCGGUGAGGAGGAGAGGGACCUGGAGUUCGGGGACUGCCUCGGGGCCGAGGUCGACCCUCUGACGGUCCCCCCAGAGGCAUUGCCGGUGGUGGAGAAGAAGACGAAGAAGAAACCAAAGGAAAAGGAGCCUAAAGAGCCCAAGCUUCCGAAGACACUCAAGCUGCCGAAGACGCCCAAAGAGCCCAAGGAGAAGAAGGCCAAGAGCACCACCCCCAAGGCCAAGACGCCUAAGAAGCCUAGCAGCACUAAGAAAGCCGAGGCAGUGGAGGGCAGCGUGAAGGAGACCAAAAGGAAGAGAGAGCCCUCGGUCAGCUUGGACACGGAGAAGUCCCCACCCCACCCCUCUGAUGAGGAUGACGAUGAUGAUGGCAUCCAGAAGCGUCGCUCCAGUCGUCAGGUGAAAAGGAAGCGCUACACUGAGGAAAUGGAAUUCAGGAUCUCGGAUGUGGAUGACGAUGGCGAUGACUCAUCCGUUCCCAAGUCCCCCUCCAACAACUCUGAGCAGCAGGAGGUGGCGGAGACCGAGGGGCCCGUGGUGGAGAAGAUCAUGGCCAUGCGCAUGGGGAAGAAGGAGACUGAGUCGGGUGAGGAAGUGGAGGUGGAAGAAUUCUAUGUGAAGUUCAAGAGCUUCUCCUACCUGCACUGUCGCUGGGCUGAUCUGGAGGAGUUGGAGAAGGACAAAAGGAUCCACCAGAAGGUCAAGCGGUUCAAAGCCAAACAGGCUCUCGCCACCUUUGUGACAGAGAUGGAUGAUGAGCCUUUCAACCCAGACUAUGUCGAAGUGGACCGGGUCCUAGAUGUGUCGGAGAGCACAGAUGAGAACGGGGAGCCUGUAAACCUGUACCUGGUGAAGUGGUGCUCCCUGCCUUACGAGGACAGCACGUGGGAGCUCAAGGCCGACAUCGACCUGGCCAAGAUUGAGGAGUUUGAGGCCUUGGCGGCUCGCCAACCUGAGACCAAACGUGUGGAGCGACCUCCCACUGAUGACUGGCAGAAAUCUGAGAGUUCCAGGGAUUAUAAAAACGGCAAUGCACUCAGGGAAUACCAGCUGGAGGGACUGAACUGGCUGCUCUUCAACUGGUACAACACACGGAACUGCAUCCUAGCAGACGAAAUGGGCCUUGGCAAGACCAUCCAGUCCAUUACAUUCCUCUACGAGAUCUACCUGAAGGGGAUCCACGGUCCCUUCCUGGUUAUCGCCCCCCUCUCCACCAUUCCCAACUGGGAGAGGGAGUUCCGCACCUGGACCGAGCUCAACGUCAUUGUCUACCACGGCAGCCAGGCCAGCCGCAAGACCAUCCAGGCCUAUGAGAUGAACUACCGCGAUCCGCAGGGUCGCAUCCUAAAGGGAGCCUACAAAUUCCAUGCAGUCAUCACUACAUUUGAGAUGAUCCUGACCGACUGCCCUGAGCUCCGCAGUGUCCCAUGGCGUUGUGUGGUCAUCGACGAGGCUCACCGUCUCAAGAACAGGAACUGCAAACUGCUGGAGGGCCUGAAAAUGAUGGACAUGGAGCACAAGGUACUACUGACAGGAACUCCUCUACAGAAUACCGUGGAAGAGCUCUUCAGUCUUCUCAACUUCCUAGAGCCAGAACGCUUCCCCUCAGAAAACACCUUCAUGCAGGAGUUUGGAGACCUGAAGACCGAGGAACAAGUUCAGAAGCUGCAGGGCAUCCUGAAGCCCAUGAUGCUGCGGCGUCUCAAGGAGGAUGUCGAGAAGAACCUGGCCCCAAAGGAGGAGACCAUCAUUGAGGUGGAGCUGACCAACAUCCAGAAGAAAUACUACCGGGCCAUCCUGGAGAAGAACUUCUCAUUCCUGUCUAAAGGAGGUCCGGGAGGAGGUGGUGGGGCAUGGGGAGGUGGAGGGGCCCAAGUCCCCAACCUGCUCAACACCAUGAUGGAGUUGAGGAAGUGCUGCAACCACCCCUACCUUAUUAACGGAGCGGAGGAGAAAAUACUGGAGGAGUUCCGUGAGAACCAUCACGCUGAGAUGGCCGAGUUCCACCUGCAGGCCAUGAUCCAGGCAGCAGGCAAGUUGGUGCUGAUCGACAAGCUACUGCCCAAGUUGAAGGCCGGAGGACACAGGGUCCUCGUCUUCUCCCAGAUGGUGCGCUGUCUGGACAUCCUAGAGGACUACCUCAUCCAGAAACGGUACCCGUAUGAGCGUAUCGACGGCCGUGUAAGGGGUAACCUCCGGCAGGCUGCGAUUGACCGUUUCUCACGCCCGGACUCUGACCGCUUCGUCUUCCUGCUGUGUACCCGUGCUGGAGGCCUGGGCAUCAACCUGACCGCUGCAGACACCUGCAUCAUCUUUGACUCGGAUUGGAACCCACAGAAUGACUUACAGGCCCAAGCCAGGUGCCACAGGAUUGGCCAAAGCAAGGCUGUGAAGAUCUACCGACUGAUCACCAGGAACUCCUAUGAGAGGGAGAUGUUUGACAAGGCCAGCCUCAAGCUGGGCCUAGACAAGGCUGUGCUGCAAUCCAUGAGUGGCAGAGAGAAUGCCGCCAACGGGGUUCCUCAGCUGUCUAAGAAAGAGGUGGAGGACCUCCUUCGUAAAGGAGCCUACGGAGCACUAAUGGACGAGGAGGAUGAGGGCUCAAAGUUCUGCGAAGAGGACAUCGACCAGAUACUCCAAAGACGAACGCAGACUAUCACAAUAGAGUCUGAGGGCAAGGGGUCCACCUUUGCCAAGGCAAGCUUCGUGGCAGCCGGGAACAGGACAGACAUUUCCCUGGAGGACCCAGACUUCUGGCAGAAGUGGGCCAAGAAGGCGGAGCUUGAUGUUGAUGCCAUCAAUGGACGGAACACCCUGGUGAUAGACACUCCUAGGGUGCGAAAGCAGACACGCCACUACAGCUCGAUGAAAGAGGAUGAAUUGGCAGAGUUCUCUGAGCUGGAGAGCGACGGUGAAAACGAGAAGCCCUUGACCAAACCCAGGAGGCCCCAGGAUCGAGCCCAGGGGUACCCUCGCAGCGAGUGCUUUAGGGUGGAGAAGAACCUGUUGGUUUAUGGGUGGGGCCGCUGGGGUGACAUCCUCUCCCACGGGCGUUUCAAGCGUCCCCUGAGGGAGCAAGACGUGGAGACCAUCUGCCGGGCCCUGCUGGCCUACUGCCUUCUGCACUACCGUGGCGACGAGAACAUCAAGAGCUUCAUAUGGGACCUUAUCACACCCACCGAGGACGGACAGAGUCGCACUCUUUCCAACCACUCCGGUCUGUCUACUCCUGUUCCACGGGGUCGUAAGGGGAAAAAGGGGAAACCAGCUCCGCCCACUGCUCCACAGCUCCCAAGGGCAGAGUGGUUGGCCAGUUGCAACCCCGACCUACUCCUGCAGGAGGACAGCUACAAGAGGCACCUGAAACACCACUGUAACAAAGUUCUCCUGAGGGUCCGUAUGCUCUACUAUCUUCGGCAGGAAGUCAUCGGUGACCAAGCCGACAGGAUCCUGGAGGGAACGGACUCUAGUGAAAUGGAUAUCUGGAUACCGCAGCCUUUCCACGCCGAGGUCCCUGCCGACUGGUGGGACAGCGAGGCGGACAAAUCACUGCUUAUCGGCGUCUUCAAACACGGCUAUGAGAAGUACAACUCCAUGCGUGCCGACCCGGCGCUGUGUUUCUUGGAGCGGGUGGGCAUGCCCGACGCCAAGGCCAUCGCGGCGGAGCAGAGGGGGGCGGACAUGAUGGCAGAUGGCGUGGAGGGAGAGGAUGAGGACCCAGAGUACAAGCCUGUCCGCAUGCCUUUUAAAGAUGAGAUGGACGACUUCACUAACUCUCCCCUGGAUGACAAAGAGGAUGCUAUGGACAUCGAGAGCGUCGAUUGUAAGUCAAAGCCAGGUGAGAAUGGAUCAAGCAAUCGGGGACCGGGUCGACUCUAUUGGCCAGCGGCCUCUGCCCUCACGGCUAGACUCCGCCGCCUCAUCACAGCCUACCAGCGCACACACAAACGAGAGCAGUUACGCCAGGAGGCCAUGGCCCGGCCUGAUGGUCGUCGCCGCCGCCGCCCCCGGGAACAACUCCUCUCUAUUGUCACUGAUGGAGGAGGGGCCUAUUUGCCAGAGGGAGGAGCUUUUAUAGCAGAGGGAAGCCCUUAUAUGACUAAAGGUGGUACUUUCAUUCCCGAGGCAACGACGCUCCUGGCCGAUGGAGGGGCCUUCUUCAAAGAGCGGCGUCAAAGAUGGACCCGGCGUGAGGAGGCUGACUUCUACCGUGUCGUGUCUACAUUCGGUGUGGUCUACGACACGACCCGUGUGUGCUUUGAUUGGACCCAGUUCAGGGCCUUUGCCCGGCUGGACAAGAAGACUGACGAGAGUCUGGAGAAAUACUAUUUCUCCUUUGUGGCCAUGUGUAAGCGCGUCUGUCGCAUGCAGCUUAAGUCCGACACAGAGCUCCCAGACCCCACCCUGAUCAUUGACCCCAUCACAGAGGAGCGCGCCUCACGCACCCUAUACCGCAUCGAGCUGCUCCGCCGCAUCCGCGAACAAGUGCUGCCUCACCCCCAGCUGGCCGAGCGCCUGCGCCUAUGCCAGCCCAGCUCGGACCUACCUGAGUGGUGGGAGUGUGGUCGGCACGACCGAGACCUACUCCUGGGUGCCUCGAAGCACGGUGUGAGUCGCACCGACUACCACAUCCUCAACGACCCGGCCCUGGGCUUCCUGGAGGCCCACAGAAAGUUCACUAAGGGGGGAUCUGCAGGGGUGCCUCUGCCACCCCGAGACGGAGUCCCCUCAACCGCCUCGUCUUCUUCCAACGAGCAAGUAGCUGCGGCCGCUGCUGUUGAGAAGUCAACCUGUGUCACAAAAGAGAAGGUGAAGGAAGGCUUCGAUGACAUUCCAAGCACUAAAACCACAAAGCCAAACAAAGUGAUUGAGAAGGAGGGGGCAAAGUCUAUCAAGGAGGAGGUGAAAAACGAGCAAGAAGGGAAGGGUGAAAUCUGGAAUGAAGAUGAGCAAAAAGCACAAAAAACUGAGAGAAUGGACUCUGACACCCUUCCAGAGGCUUUCAAGGACACCAAACCUGAAAAUGAUGGUGACUCUCUCACUGAGGAGAACAGGGACCAGGAGAAAAAGACACAUUUCCAAGAGACAGUGGAGUCUCCCAAAGCUUCGGAAGAUCAGGAGAACAAGGAUGAUUUGAAAAGGCUGGAGGGUGGAAUAAGCCCGGCAAAGUCACCUAAAGUAGUGGAGGAGAAAGGCCCUGAAGAUGAAGAGAAGAUUGAGGAGGACGACAAGUCUGAGAAGUCCUCUCAAGCUGAAGCUGGUGUUGCCUCGGAGCAGAAGAACUUUGACGAGGAGAGCAACGCUUCUCUGAGCACCACGGCCAGAGAUGAGACCCGCGAUGGCUUCUGCCCGGAGGAUGGGGAGUCUUCAGCCUUGCAGGCCCUCCAGGAAAGAACAUUUUCCUUCUCCUUCUGGCCCAAGGACCGCGUGAUGAUCAAUCGCAUGGACAACAUCUGUGAGGCGGUCAUCAAGGGCAAGUGGCCCGCCAACCGCCGACAGUUCUUUGACUUUCCCGGCCUGUUGCCUGGUUACCCUGGCCCCAUGACGUCCGAAAGCCCCCAGCAGAGGCGGAGCCUGGCAGAGCUGUCAAUGGUGGCUGCCGCUCAGACAAACUUCAGCGGCAGCGAGGAUCUCACGCUCUCGCCACAAGUUCAUGAGGAUGCUCUGGGCAUGUCAUUGCCGAAGCAGCGCCGUCGCAGGCGGAGGAAGGUGGAGAUAGAGGCUGAGCGUGCGGCCAAGCGCAGGAACCUAAUGGACAUGGUGGCCCAACUCCGAGAGUCCCACGCUGCAGAUUCCCAGAGCCAGGCCAUGGACCUCACCAAGGGUAUGCACCACCACCACCAUCACAAAUCACCCACAACGUCGUCCCCGGCAGGCUACUCCAGCAGCAGCCUGGUACCUCCCGCAGCCCUUAAGGCUCAGAUGGAGCUGCUUCAGGCAGCCACGCCCUCCAGACACAGGGCCAAUGGCUCACUGGCUGAGGCCGACUUGCCCACCCGGAGGAGGCGGGGCCGCAGGAAAAAUGUGGAAGGGCUGGAAUUACUCUUCAUGAGCAACAAGAGAGGAGCUGCGGAUUCUGAGGGGACCAAAGCUUCAGUGGAGGGGAUUCAGAUGCCCCCGCGCACCCACCGACACAUUACCAAUCCCAGCGCUUUAGCCCGAGUCCCAUCAGUCAGUGCGGAAGAUGGGGAGGCUGGUACCCCCUCUAGCAAGGACCUAAGGGACUGGUUAAGACAGCACCCUACAUACACCAUGGACAUGCCUUCUGCAUACACACCAAAGAGUGAGGAGAUGCUCCUCUCCUCCCAGUUCCCCAAACCCAAGCAGAAGAGACAUCGCUGCCGGAACCCCAACAAGAUCGACAUCAACACACUCACCGGAGACGAGCGGGUUCCUGUGGUCAACCGGAGAAACGGCAGAAAGAUGGGUGGAGCCAUGGCCCCUCCCAUGAAAGAAUUGCCCAGGUGGCUCCUGGAAAACCCAGAGUUUGCCAUUGCUCCUGACUGGACCGACAUUGUCAAGCAAUCAGGCUUCCUCCCUGAAGCCAUGUUUGACCGUCUCCUGACAGGGCCUGUGGUGCGGGAGGAGGGUGUCCGUCGUCGGGGGCGGCGGCCCAAAUCGGAGAUUGCCAAGGCAACAGCCGCCGCGGCAGCCCAGGCACAGGCCACUUCAUCCGGGGGCCUGAACCCCCUGCUGAUGAAUGGUCUUUUUGGAAGCAUGGACCUCACCAGCCUGCAGGGCCUCCAGAACCUCCACAGCCUGCAGCUGCAGCUAAUGGGAUUCCCGGGCAUGGGUGGCGGCGACACCAAACACGCCUCAGCCAUGCUGCCUCUCAUGCUGCCUGGCAUGGGUGGUCUGCCCAACAUGUUCGGCCUGGGAGGCCUGUUCGGAAACAAUCUGGCAGCGGCCUCCUCCGCCGCCGCAUCCACGUCCGCUGCCGCUUCCAACGGCACCAAUGAUGAGGGAGAGUCGGAUGAGGCGUCGAAAAGAGACGACGCAGAGGGCGGCGGUGAGGAGGAUGAGGACCGGGAGAAGAAGAGGGACCCCGGGGAGGAGGCAGAUUCAAGCGAGGCAAACGGAGACACGGCAGUUCUGAACGCCACUGCUGCCGCUAUGGCCGCAUCCGGGAUGUCGGCCAACUCCCUGGCCUUUAACCCCUUCCUCCUGUCUACCAUGGCCCCGGGGCUCUUCUCCCCCUACAUGUUUCUGCCCCCUGGCCUAGGAGGUUUGACCAUGCCAGGCUUCCCACCCACCGCGCUGGCUGACCUACAGAGCGCCAUGGCUGGUGCCCUUGGAACCGCUGGUGGCUCUGGAGCCCUGAGUCAGGAGAAGGAGUCCAGCCAGGCCGCCCCUGCCUCAGACUGCCUUGCUGCUGCAACAGCUGACCCAGAGACAGCCGACGACAGCGACUCAGCUGAGAGCCAGGAGAAGACUGCAGAAUCAUCUGCGCUGGAAGACGAGGCCUCCGCACUGGCUGACGACGCCGACUCGCCAGAAGACUUAGCAGCCGAGGAAGACGGGGAGGAUGCCCCCGAGGAGGAAGAGAAGAGUGACUGAAAACUUAUUGGCCUUUGACAUUUCUUCCCUCUCCCCUUAGUGGUCUCAAGACAAGUUUACACACCAACUUUAUAUCCAAACAUGUAUGAAUUUGGUUUUUUCCUCUUUUUUUUCUUUCCCUUUCGUUUCUUUGACAGGUAAAAAUUAAGUCAGGGAGAGUGUAUGUAACUAAAAGCUCUCACUGCACCAUUAAAAUAGCUUAGUCAGGGAAAAAAGCAAACUGAAGUAGAGUUUUGCGGAUGUCAAAAGGGUGUUAUUUUUGGUCUUUGUGCACUAAAUGGUGCAUUCUAGAUGAGAUGGGAAGUUUCCUCUGAAAUAUUAUUAUAGGAAUUAAUGGUUCCAAUAGUGCUAUGCUGCUUUUCUGUUUUUUCUUCCUUUUUUGUUUCUCUACCGUUUAUUGUGACAGUAAGUAGCAUCUCUUAACUCUCCAGUGGCGUUCAAUUUAACGGCAUUAAGCGUCUAUAUGCUGCUGAUGGGUAAUUUUUAUUUUGCUGUUGUACUGUUCUGCCUUGAAAAGCAGGGUGAAGUUCUCACAUAUCAGAUGGCCUAAGAAUCUGUGACUGUUCCAAGUCUUUCACACUGAACGAGCUUCACAUGCUCGAUUCUCCUUCAUAACACACCUGCGCACACGUCCGACAGUUUCAUUAUUUUUAAUCUCACACUAACACCCUAAUCCGACUGGUCUCAGUUGGGAUGACCCUUUAACCCUCCAACCGUCCCCCUCCUUAGUCUACAAAACAUUCCCCACCGCUGUUUGUCAAACUUUCCGGUUCCAGUUUUUUAAGUACUACUACUACUACUACUACUACUACUACUAACACCCCUGUUGUUUGACUCUUCCAAGUCACACUCAAACUCGUUAUAGAAACUGUUUUCCAGUCUCACACACUGUCUGAUUGCCCUGACUCUCCUGACUGUUUUUUAGUCUGACACACUGACAAAGCCUAGCAGGGGAGAGACCUCUCCCCGACACCAAGGGGGGGAGACAGCAAUAACCUAAGGCAGCUUUUUGAAUGUUUCAAACAUCGCUCUCCCAAUAUGAAAAAAAAACACAACUACAACAAGUGUCAGUGAAAGAAUUUGAACGCAUAUUAACGAUGACAUGAAAAAGUACUGCAAUCAAUUUGUCUCACUCUAUUCCUGUUGAUGCACUGGUGUAAGAGUAAAAUAAUCAGGUACCUUUAUUAUAGCUAUUGAAUGGACUUUUUGUUACUUUUAGCCACCAAGCUGAACAGCAUUACCUCAAUUCUAACUAGCCUUGAAGUUUACAGACAUAUGUUGUAAAUGUAUUUUUUUCUUUAUUUUUGUGUCUUUUUUUGGAACAUCAUGUAUGAUGAACUGUAGUUAUGAUGCUUUUAAUAAAAGUGAAUCAUGAUAUUCGCCUAGGAAACCAAA